UGCCACGUUCCGCGACCGUUUAAUACGGUUCGAACUCGCGACCGAAACGGUUCCCGAUUGGCAGCGGUUUCGAGUAGAGUUUCGUGCAUCGCGGACGAUCCUUGCUGGCCGGCAGUGUGCAUCGAGUGAUUGUGUUUUUUUGUGUGUGUGGUACAGCGCAGUCAUCUUGAAACGGUGCAUCGCUACGCUUAGUGCAGUUUUGGUGUGUCUGCAGUCGCCAGACAACUCUAACGAACGAGUAGGUACCGAGCGGCAAACGUGUCCACGGUGUCACAUCGGGGUUGAAUGGCCUAAAGCGUUGGGUUUUGAAUUAUGUAAAAGACGGUCAAUCAACUGUGUGUGCGUAUUUGUGUGACAAUCGGAAUGUAACUAAAUACAAAAAAUGAGAAAAAAGGUGUAUGAAAAAGUUUGGCGAUGGACACUGAUACUGUUGAGUAUUGAAUACAUCUUCAGUGAAUGUGUCGAUGACGACGACGACGACGACCCCACAAUGAUGCCUUCUGUGACGAAAAAUGGUGUGAACCUUCGUCGCGAGGGAGUGCAUUGAAGCCAAAACCCAAAAGAAACAUUCUCAAUUUUUUCGUCAACCUUCUAAUAUUGUCUCUAGCAAUAUUGGAGGUUCACCAGUGCCUUGUUUGUGCCAUAUCGUUUGCUAGCCGUACCACGGUACACGCAUAUCUCGCAUUUCCAUUUCUAUUUGCGCCAGCUGCUCGAAACGUUUGUCGCUUGCGUGGUGUGGUGGCCUUGGAUAAUGGACACUUGUGUUAUCGCUGUAUGAUGUGGAUGGUACUGAAAUGUAAACGAGGAGGGGAGGAAAAGCAUCAAAAGCAAGAAGUACAGGAAGAAGCAUUUUUUUUAUCGUGCCGUGGAUGCUUUAUUUGUCCCCGAAGAUGAUGUACGAUAAAUAAUCGCUUUUGGAAAAGUAUGUUCCAUAUGGCAAGGGUUUAAGAGGUACCGUCUGGUAAUUUUAAAAACGUCAUCUCGCUAAGCGCACGACAGUACAAACGUUAUUGAGCGCAAAUAACAACCAAAGAAAGCAGACGAUCGGGGCUAAACAACAAUCCCCUUUCGCUCAAUUGCUACGUCCGUACAUGCAAGGACCGUUGCUGUACGCGAUGCGUUGAAAGCAGACCAUUGGAACUAUUAGGCAAACCGUUGAUCGUAAAACCCUCGAGAGAUGAGGAAGUACAAUUGUGCAGUGAAGUGGCUAACGUAUUAACCAUAUGCCUCUCCAGUGCGCACCGUAUCGUGCAGUUGCAGUGUUCAAUUGAUUGAGAUUAAAUUGAACUCACAGGCAGCGUGUGCCGCACAUGCUGCAGCAUGCGAUCGUAUUGCGAUCAUACAACUAAACGAAAGGAACUGCUUUCUACUGAGACCGUUUUACAAGAGAGCUGCUUGCCUGUAGGGUGAGCAGCACUUUUUCAUCAACCUCAACCAUUAUACGUACAAUCGUGCUGUCGUCAGUUGACCUUCAAGUCUUGGGCAUGAAGAGAGCAAAGCGUACUAAAAGAAAAAGCGUGAAUUAAGUAAUCAUAGUCGAGAUUCUUUGGGCGCUUCUAUCACCUCCCCCUUCACGAGAUAGUAGUUGCAUUCGACACAUGUAAUUGAUGAUUGAGCUCUUAUCUGCUGUUUAAGACGAUGUACGUGUGUGUGUGUGCCGAUAACAUUGUUCAUGCCAAGUUUGAAUGAAGGCGCACCGCUUGGGGUAUCAAUCUUCCCCCCCACAACCGACAGGGUUCGGAGGGCAAUCGAUGCGGAUUGGGCGCUAAGCAGGAGGCUUGCUGCGCGAGACUUUUCUCGAAGUCCAGCCAGCGCUUUUCAGCUGAUAGUGAGGACGAAAUGUAACGAAUGACACGAACGAACCGGCAAAGACUGGAAAGAAGUAAUGCAGUCGUAAAUAAAAGCAGAUUAGAACGACGGCACGUUUUAACCGUUUAAGAAGGUUGCAACGGCUUAGGUUUUGCGAUUUUUACAUUACUUAUCCUGCGCUUCCACGUGGGUACGCGUAAUCUUAUCAAAGCGUGCAGAUAUCAAUUGCCCAAUUAACUACCGGUAAUUUCAGAUGAGCGUGAUUGGCACGCGUUUCUUGCAUGGCCAUUGAGCCAUUGCGUUGCAGUUAGAUAAUUUACACGAAUUUUCCUCACCUUCCCAGCAGGGCGAUAAGAUUGUCUGUAAUGAUUUGUUUCAUGAAUGGGUGCAGAGAGGCAAAACUGCGCUCCUUACCAGUAAAAAUCCACCUCAUUCCUGAUUUGGUCCCCGCCGUGUGAUGAUCAUUUGAUUAGAUCUGUCCUACCGUACAAAUUGCUCGGGCUAAUCGAAUAUGUGGCGUCGGCUGUGCAGUUGCGCUUACCAGUCUGCAGUGGGGGGUUAUCAGCAGGAUCAGAUAAGGUACCUAGCUGAGCGGUCAAGAUGAGCAGCAGUGCGCCCGGGGCGACCAACCCCAUGCUCUACGAUCCCAUCCCGGAGGGACAGGGUUCGACGACGAAGCGCAACCAGUUCGUCGCUGCGCUCGGAAUUUGCAUGGCGGCGGUGAGCGGCGGUACGGCCCUGGCCUGGACUUCGCCCGUACUGGCCCAGCUCGUGCCGGCCAAUCAAAGCGACACGAGUGGGCUCGCGCACGAAAGUUUCCUGCUGACCACCGAUGAAGGAUCAUGGGUUGGUGCGUUCCUGGCCGUGGGAGCGUUCCUCGGUGCACUGCCUGCUGGAUAUCUGGCGGAGAAGAUCGGUCGCAAGUACACAACCAUGUCGCUGGCAGUGCCGUACCUGAUCAGCUGGGCACUGAUCAUCUUUGCUACCGGUGCGGGCAUGCUGUACGCCGGUCGUUUGGUCAUUGGCAUUGCAACGGGUGCGUCGUGCGUCGUUGCACCGAUGUUCAUCUCGGAGGUGGCUGAAACAUCCAUCCGCGGUGCGCUGGGAGCAUUCUUCCAGCUUCAUCUAACGGUUGGCAUCCUGUUCGUUUACGCCGUCGGUUCCUACACCCACUGGGUGACGCUCAGCAUACUGUGUGCCAUCUUCCCGGUGCUGCUGAUUGUGGCCAUGUUUAUCGUGCCCGAAAGUCCAGUGUACUUGGUGAAGAAGGGUCGUCGUAUCGAUGCUGGUGUAGCACUGAAGUGGUUCUGGGGCCCGAAUGCCGACACCCAGUCGGCGCUGCAGACCAUCCAGUCCGAUCUGGACGCGGCUUCCGGUGAGGCGAAAGUGUCGGACCUGUUCACGAACCCAACCAACCGGGCGGCGCUCUUCAUCUCGCUGCUGCUGAUGUUCUUCCAGCAGUUCUCGGGCAUCAAUGCGGUCAUCUUCUACACGGCGCCGAUCUUCCAGUCGGCCGGCAGCACCAUGGACCCGGCCGUCUGCUCGAUUGUGGUCGGCGUCGUGCAGGUCGUAAUGACGCUCGCCUCCUCCGUGCUGAUCGACAAGGCGGGCCGCCGGAUACUGCUGCUGCAGAGCAGCUUCAUCAUGGGCGCGUGCCUGAUCGUGCUCGGCGUGUACUUCAAGAUGCAGAACGACAAGGUGGACGUGUCGAACAUUGGCUGGUUGCCGCUGGCCUCGGUCGUGCUGUUCAUCAUCAGCUUCUCGCUCGGGUUCGGCCCCAUCCCGUGGAUGAUGAUGGGCGAGCUGUGCGCGCCGGACAUCAAGGGGCUGGCGUCCGCGCUCGCCGUCAUGUUCAACUGGACGCUCGUGUUUCUGGUGACGAAAAGCUUCGGCACGAUGCAGGAGCUGCUCGGCUCGGACUGGACGUUCUGGUUCUUUGGCGCGUGGAUGAUGGUCUGCACGGUGUACGUGUUCAUUAAGGUGCCGGAAACGAAGGGCAAAACCAACGCACAGAUUCAGGCCAUCCUGGGUGGGAAGAAGUAAGGCGGCGCAGUAAGGGUGCUGCCGAAGAUACUGAACCAUUUUAUGUAUGUACGUGUGCGUAACUUUAUGUCUGUGUCCGUUUGAACCUCGAGUUGGUGUAAUCUUUCCAAAUUCCGUGCUUCGGCAGAUUUUGUUUCGGUCUUUUGUUUCUGUUUUAUAAGUGUAGAGCAAUUUAUUUUAACGUGUUGUACAUAUGUUACUGUAGCCGUUUUAACCAGCUCCUCCCCCCAAGCCCACUACUAUACAUUACAUUGUUGUAGGUGCAAAAAAGUCUGUUUGCUCGCUGACCUUGCGAUACUUUCAAAGGAGGGUUCGGGAAGUCCAGGAUAGGUUAUACGGUAAAAGGUUUCUUGUUCGUUUAGGAAAGCAAAGGCCGCAUACACAAGGUACGGUAAUCGAAACGACUGAUGAGGAAACAGGAAGUGCAGGUGCGAGCUUCAAAAGCAGGCUCUUGAGAUAGUAAAAUAUUGCCAUUGUAGUUAGUAGAGGGACAGAGAGAGAAAGAGAGAGAAGCAGAAAUAUUCAAAUGGAAGGAAAAAUGGAAAGCAAAUAGAUUCCUAGGGGCCGAAAGUUUUGCACUUGCAGGACGUAAUGGCUACCGUAAGAUAGCUUGCGAUAUCCGGUAGUGAAGUGUACUGAUAAGUUUUUAAGCUAAGUUUAGGUUGUGUUGCUUCGGUAGUGUCGGUAUGUUACAACGAAGGAGUAUGGUGUGGAUGCUAGCUUACGAGUGCCAUUUGCCAAAAGAAACCAGUUUUGCACUAGCGAAAGGAGCUUCCGGGCGUCCUCUAGACGCGUGCUAAACGCUUCCUCGUUGUCAAUUGUUCAUAAUUCAUUUGUCCACCCAAAACGGAAAAGAACAUGUAAUGCUAAGUGUGUUUACUUACGCACCCAGCCAGUCUAUCAUAUCAGCAAACAGCAAACAAAAAAGGUCAUGAAAGGUUGUACAAUACAGAAAGAUAAUUUAUUAUUGUUGGCCACCUAAUCCUCCACUUCACAUCCAUCAGUAAACUUUUGGCAUAACUUUUUGGAUCGGAAACACCCUGUCUCGCCAGCGUUUCAUCACACAAAUGUCCCUCCAAAAAGGGACCACCCAACCAGAAACCUCGAUUGUAUCCCGUUUUUGAGCCGACCUAGUGAGUCGGGUUUUGAAAAUGUUCAAUUUCUUAGUAGAAUUUCAAAGGAAAGAUUACGUUCGAAGGUGCCAUAUCGAGUAGGGUAAGCUACUCAGAGAAAAAAAAGCAAAAUCUACACACGGAGUGACACACUAUAAGGUUUUAAUGUAUAAGCAGGAGCAAUAAGAAUGUAUAAAAGGGCAUACGCCGCGGGCUUUAAUGCUGAAGCUGAAGUGUAAACAUAAUCAAUGCGCUGGCACAUACAUACGCAAAACAAAACGCUCAUCUCUUCCGCGACGUGCAACGAUUCCCACCGGAAUGAAGCGGCAACUGGGGCGUGAGCUGUCUACAACUGAACGAACUGUGCACUGUGUAUAGCGAACGGAGAAGAGUUGGUUAUGUUUUACAAGAAGCUAAAGGCUCGUUGAAAAACGGUUGGAAAAAUAUAACCUAUUUAACCUGGUGUAA